GGAUCGGGACCGGGGCUGGGAUCGGGACCGGGGCUGGGAUCGGGACCAGGAAUCCAGCUGAGAUCGGUACUGGCACAGGGAUCGGGACCAGGAUUGCAGCUGGGAUCGGCACCGAGAUUGGAGCUGGGACCGGGAGUGGAGCUGGGACAGGGAUUGGAGCUGGGAUCAGGAUCGGGACAGAGCUGAGAUCGGAACCGGAGCUGGGGCUGGGAUCGGCACCGGGACUGGGAACGGAGCUGGGAUCGUGACUGGGAGCAGGAUCGGGAUCGGGACCGGAGCUGGGACGGGGACCGGGAUUGGAGCUGGGAUCGGAACCGGGAGUGGAUCUGGGAUCGGGGUCGUGACUGAGCAGGACCAGGAGCGGGACGGUGCCCGGAGCCGCCCCGCAGUGUCCCCGCAGUGUCCCCGCAGCUGGGGCACGGCGCACACGGAGCCAGCACGGCCGCGAUGGCAGCAGCCGAGGGGAAUAAACUUUGGGGUGGAAGAUUCAGUGGAAGCACAGAUCCCAUCAUGGAGAUGCUCAAUGCUUCCAUCAGCUAUGACCAGAGGCUGUCUGAGGUGGACAUCCAGGGGAGCAUGGCUUAUGCCAAAGCCUUGGAAAAGUCUGGGAUCCUGUCAAAAACUGAACUGGAGAAGAUCCUGGGUGGCCUGGAAAAGAUCUCUGAGGAAUGGUCCAAGGGAGUCUUUGUGCUGAAACCAACUGAUGAGGAUAUCCACACUGCCAACGAGCGCAGGCUGAAGGAGCUGAUUGGAGACGUAGCUGGGAAGUUGCACACUGGCAGAAGCAGGAAUGAUCAGGUUGUGACUGACCUGAAGCUGUUCAUGAAGAACUCCCUCUCCAUCAUCUCCAUGCACCUCCUGCGGCUCAUUGAAGCCUUGGUGGAACGUGCUGCCAUAGAAAUCGAUGUGAUCCUGCCUGGCUACACCCACCUGCAGAAAGCUCAGCCCAUCCGAUGGAGCCAGUUCUUGCUCAGCCAUGCUGUUGCUCUGACCCGUGAUUCUGAGCGCCUGGGAGAGGUGAAGAGGAGGAUCAAUGUCUUGCCUUUGGGAAGCGGAGCUCUGGCUGGAAACCCCCUGGGAAUAGACAGAGAGCUGCUGUGCAGUGAGCUGGACUUUGCUUCCAUCAGCCUGAACAGCAUGGAUGCCGUCAGCGAGAGGGACUUUGUGGUGGAAUUCCUCUCUGCUGCCACCCUGCUGAUGAUCCACCUCAGCAAGAUGGCUGAGGAUCUCAUCAUCUACAGCACCAGCGAGUUUGGCUUCCUCACCCUCUCUGAUGCCUACAGCACUGGCAGCAGCCUGAUGCCUCAGAAGAAGAAUCCCGACAGUCUGGAGCUGAUCCGCAGCAAAGCCGGGCGAGUGUUCGGACGGCUGGCUGCAAUUCUGAUGGUCCUCAAAGGACUCCCGAGCACCUACAACAAGGACCUGCAGGAGGACAAGGAGGCUGUCUUUGAUGUCGUAGACACCGUGAAUGCUGUGCUCCAGGUCGCCACAGGAGCAAUUUCCACCCUCCAGAUCAACAAGGAGAGCAUGGAGAGGGCGCUGAGCCCGGAGAUGUUGGCUACUGACCUGGCUCUCUACCUGGUCCGGAAGGGAAUGCCCUUCAGACAAGCCCACGUGGCCUCUGGCAAGGCCGUCCAGCUGGCUGAGACCAAAGGCAUCACCAUCAACAAUCUCAGCCUGGAGGACCUGAAGAGCAUCAGCCCCCUGUUUGGCAGCGACGUGGCGCAGGUGUUCAGCGUGGUGAGCAGCGUGGAGCAGUACACGGCCGCGGGCGGCACCGCCAAGAGCAGCGUGUCCGCCCAGAUCGAGCAGCUGCGGGAGCUGCUCAAGAGGCUCAAGGAACAGGCUUAGAGUGUGGGGAGAGAUCCCGUGCCACUGAUCUGGAGUUAAUAAACACUGAAGUGUCUGGUUCAC